AAAUUGAAUUUAUCUAAAAUCAAAACCGAUCUCAAUUUCUCUCUAAUUUUAUUUGACCUGCCUUGAAAUUCGAUUUAAAAAAAAAUUCUGAUCCUAUAAAAUCAAGUUGGGUCGGAACCGUCAGAGACGGGUAGGGUUACCCACCCUAGUAACAGGGCGCCAAAUCCACGGCCGCAGAUCAGCAGGCUAUAAAAUUUCAGCGACAUCAACGGCUGCGGUUGGUCAUGAUCUGUUACUUUAAAUAAGUCAAAGAUCAAAAUAUAGCAGCCGAAUUUUGUUGUGCGAUUCACCCGGACGCUUACGACAUUUGGUCAAUCGCUCUUCAACAUUGAAAAUUUCAGUUAACGAUGGCGGUGGAGGAACAUGCUGAGCAGAACUAUUUGCCGAAGAAGAAGAAAUCGGAAUCUGAUGAUGACAAGAGGAGAAAGAAAAUUGUUCCUGGAAGCUUAAUGAAGGCUUUGAUGAGACCUGGAGGUGGUGAAUCAUACCCUUCAGAUGGUGAUCAGGUUAUAUACCAUUGCACAGUUAGGACGUUGGAUGGAGUUGUUGUUGAGUCUACAAGAUUAGAAAAUGGAGGGAAAGGUAUUCCGAUAAGACAUGUAUUGGGCAAGAGCAAAAUGAUAUUAGGGUUGUUGGAAGGAAUUUCAACAAUGUUGAAGGGUGAAGUGGCAAUGUUUAAAAUGAAACCUGAAAUGCAUUAUGCCGAGGAGGACUGUCCUGUUCCAGUUCCAAGUAGUUUCCCAAAAGAAGAUGAACUCCAUUUUGAUAUUGAGUUGAUAGAUUUCUCCAAAGCCAAGGUUGUUUGUGAUGAUUUGGGAGUUUUGAAGAAGGUAAUAGAUGAAGGCCAGGGUUGGGAAUCACCUAGGGAAGCAUAUGAAGUUAAAGCUUGGAUUUCUGCUAAGACAGGUGAUGGGAAGUUUAUUCUGUCACACACGGAAGGAGAACCAUAUUUCUUUACUUUUGGGAAAUCUGAGGUACCUAAAGGUCUUGAGAUGGGAAUAGGAACAAUGGCACGGAAAGAGAAGGCAGUAAUUUAUGUUACAAAUCAAUACUUAAACCCAUCUCCCCUCUUGCCUGUGAUAGAAGGUUAUGAAGAAGUUCAUUUUGAAGUGGAGCUCGUCCAUUUCAUCCAGGUGAGGGACAUGCUGGGGGAUGGGCGCCUAAUUAAACGACGAUUACAGGAUGGAAAAGGGGAGUUUCCCAUGGAUUGCCCACUUCAUGACAGUCUUUUAAAAGUCCAUUACAAGGGCAUGCUUCUUAACAAAGAAAAGACAGUCUUCUAUGAGACAAGAGUUGAAAACCAGGGUGAACCUUUGGAGUUCAGUUCUGGAGAAGGGAUGGUGCCCGAGGGAUUUGAAAUGUGUGUCCGUUUGAUGCUCCCUGGAGAGAUUGCUCUUGUCACAUGUCCUCCUGACUAUGCAUAUGACAAAUUUUCAAGGCCACCUAAUGUUCCUGAAGGUGCUCAUGUUCAAUGGGAAAUUGAGCUUCUUGGUUUUGAGAUGCCAAAGGAUUGGACUGGUUUGAACUUUCAGAGCAUAAUGGAUGAAGCAGAAAAAAUUAGAGUCACGGGUAACAGACUCUUCAAAGAGGGAAAAUUUGAACUUGCCAAGGCAAAGUAUGAAAAGGUGCUUCGGGAAUUCAAUCAUGUCAAUCCACAAACUGAUGAGGAAGGGAAAGUGUUUAUAGAAGCAAGAAACUCGUUACAUCUGAAUGUGGCCGCGUGCUUCCUCAAAAUGGGAGAAUGCAGGAAGUCCAUUGAAGCAUGUAAUAAGGUUUUAGAUGCAACUCCUGUACAUGUGAAGGCUCUAUACCGUCGUGGAAUGGCUUACAUGGCCGCUGGAGAUUUUGAGGAAGCAAGAAGCAAUUUCCAAAUGAUGAUCAAAAUUGAUAAAUCCUCAGAACCAGACGCAACAGCUGCUCUAGCAAAACUGAAGAAGCAAGAGCAGGAAGUAGAGAGUAAGGCUCGGAAACAAUUUAAAGGACUAUUUGACAAGAAGCCUGGAGAAAUUGCAGAAGCUCAAGUUGUAGAUAGAGCUGGAGAUGAGAUAACCGGAGAAAACCAAAAGAAUAGUGAGGAGUCGUCGUCAGAAGGGGAUGAACCUCAAGAUUUUCACGAAGCUGCUGCUGGUGAGCCUCGAAUAGGCUGGUUUUACAACUUGUGGCCUACUGGUAGAAGACUAUUUUCAGCUCUUGGGCUUCAAAGAUGUACCAUACUCUGAUAUUCUAAGGCAAAUGACCAGUACUGUAAUUAUCAAAUUUUAGAAGGGAUGCUGUUCGGGGUGUGUACUGCUGCUCGGUUUCCUUGGCCAGAGCACCAAACUUGACGAGGAAGAACCCGAUAGCAUGACCAGCAAGGGCAGCUUUGAAGAUUCCAAGAUUGUAGGACAUGAAAGAGAGUAUAGCGAUGUAAGCAAAGCACAUUCGGACAGUGUAAACACUGGCCUGAGUGCAAGCUCACUGCCGGUAACAUAGACAGAACCUCAAUAACGGCGCCUAGCAACAGCACUCAUAAGAGUGCCAAUACAUGCAAGCCGCAGUUGCUUUCAGGCCACCCAGAGAACAGAACUGUCACAUCUUUACCCCAAUUGAAGCUCGUGUGCAUAUCCAUGAUGUCAUGCUACCAUUUGAGAUUGAUCCUGAAUUAGGCAUAGGCAUAUAUCCAUGCCACCAUCAGACUUUUUCUGAGAGAACUAGGGAGGAAAACUCGAUAAAUUUGGAGAAGUGCCGAGGGUAAAUUUUCUUGGGACUGUAUGUUUUAAACACUCGACCACUUGAUACCCUUAAAGUCUUAAAACUGAUUAUUUUGUUUCCCUUUUUUUAACUUUCUCAAUUUUUGUUUGUUUUUGGCAAUUUUU